UGUCUCUUUUAACACUUCUUCUUACCUUUGUUUGUCGUCUCUGUCUCUUUGCUUCUGCUUCUUCUUCUUCUUCUUCUCUCAUUCCUUUCGUUUAUCGUUUUCCUCCCAUUUAGAUCUCUCCUCCUUUUGAUCGGAUCCGUUACUCGCUCUAUGUUGCUUCAAUUGUGAUUCUUUGCUUGUACAAUUUUUGAUAUCUGUCUGUGUGGUGGAGAUGGGGCAAUGUUACGGGAAGGUUAAUCAGAGUAAGCAGAAUGGUGAAGAAGAAGCUAAUACGACUACUUAUGUUGUCUCCGGUGAUGGGAAUCAGAUUCAGCCUUUAACUCCGGUUAAUUACGGGCGAGCUAAGAACACUCCUGCUAGGUCUUCGAAUCCGAGUCCUUGGCCUAGUCCUUUCCCUCACGGAUCAGCCAGUCCUCUUCCUUCUGGCGUCUCUCCUUCCCCGGCGAGAACCUCCACUCCCAGGAGGUUUUUCCGACGACCUUUCCCGCCGCCUUCUCCGGCUAAACACAUUAAGGCUUCGUUGAUCAAAAGGCUUGGAGUGAAGCCUAAGGAAGGUCCGAUCCCUGAGGAGAGAGGAACUGAGCCGGAGCAGUCUCUUGAUAAGAGCUUUGGUUAUGGCAAGAAUUUUGGGGCUAAGUAUGAAUUGGGGAAAGAAGUGGGUCGAGGGCACUUUGGUCAUACUUGUUCUGGUCGUGGGAAGAAGGGAGACAUUAAGGAUCAUCCUAUUGCUGUCAAGAUUAUUUCCAAGGCUAAGAUGACAACAGCAAUUGCAAUUGAAGAUGUUCGCAGAGAGGUGAAGUUACUGAAAUCAUUAUCUGGUCACAAACAUCUAAUCAGAUACUAUGAUGCAUGUGAGGACGCCAAUAACGUAUACAUAGUCAUGGAGUUGUGUGAAGGUGGAGAACUUUUGGACAGAAUUUUAGCAAGGGGUGGAAAAUACCCAGAGGAUGACGCAAAGGCUAUUGUCGUACAAAUUCUAACUGUUGUUUCAUUUUGUCAUCUCCAAGGAGUUGUUCACCGUGACUUAAAGCCAGAGAAUUUUCUAUUUACAUCUAGCCGUGAAGAGGCAGACUUGAAGCUUAUUGAUUUUGGUCUCUCAGACUUCAUCAGACCUGAUGAAAGGCUGAAUGAUAUUGUUGGAAGUGCUUAUUAUGUUGCGCCAGAAGUUCUACACAGAUCAUAUAGUCUUGAGGCUGAUAUAUGGAGUAUUGGAGUUAUAACAUAUAUACUCUUAUGUGGAAGCCGGCCAUUCUGGGCGCGGACAGAAUCUGGAAUCUUUCGCACUGUGCUAAGAACCGAACCGAACUAUGAUGACGUACCUUGGCCUUCUUGUUCAUCAGAAGGGAAAGACUUUGUGAAACGACUUCUCAACAAAGACUAUAGGAAACGAAUGUCCGCAGUUCAAGCAUUGACUCACCCAUGGUUACGGGAUGAUAGUCGUGUGAUUCCUUUAGAUAUUCUGAUCUAUAAGUUGGUCAAAGCCUACUUGCACGCCACACCUCUUAGACGUGCUGCUCUAAAGGCGCUAGCGAAAGCAUUGACUGAGAACGAGCUUGUCUAUCUUAGAGCACAGUUCAUGCUCUUGGGACCAAACAAAGAUGGAAGUGUCUCCCUCGAAAACUUCAAGAUGGCGCUUAUGCAAAACGCAACAGACGCUAUGAGAGAGUCAAGGGUUCCGGAAAUUCUACACACGAUGGAAUCUCUAGCGUAUAGGAAGAUGUAUUUUGAAGAGUUUUGUGCAGCAGCGAUUAGCAUCCAUCAGCUAGAAGCUGUUGAAGCUUGGGAAGAGAUUGCAACAGCGGGUUUCCAGCAUUUUGAAACGGAGGGAAACCGAGUGAUCACAAUCGAAGAACUAGCCAGGGAGUUGAAUGUGGGUGCGUCUGCGUAUGGGCACUUGAGAGAAUGGGUAAGAAGCAGUGACGGGAAGCUGAGUUACGUAGGGUUCACUAAGUUCUUGCACGGAGUUACUCUUCGUGCUGCUCACGCAAGACCUCGCUAGUCCUCCUUCUCUUAUUUUUUAGGUUUUUUUUAAAAAAUAUAUCUUUUUUUGUCUUCCUCAGAACAGAGUUUUUUAAAAAAAAAAUAGACUUCUGAGUGACGUGAGGGAGGGGUAUUUUCGUCCGUUUGUUUUUUUCUUUCUUUUCUUAUCAUAUUAUAGAGAUUCAAGAUUUUUAAGGUACAGAAAAGACCAAAAUGAAAAAAAAAAAUGUGCAUAAGGUAGAUGGACUUCAGUCAUUAUUUUUCUAUUAUUUAUUUGCAAGUAUAUUAUAUGAACGAACAUCUAUGGUUACAUGCAAUAUUCAUCUGGAAAAUAUAUAAUGUCAAUUGCUUUUA